CAAACAGUGAAAAUGGAUUCAUUCUCUGUGAAGGAAAUGUCUUGUCCGAUUUGCUGUGAAAUCUUCAGGGCUCCUGUUCUUCUGUCGUGUAGUCACAGUUUCUGUAAGGAGUGUCUUCAACAGUUCUGCAGAACCAAGUACACUAAGGAGUGUCCUGUCUGCAGGAGGAGAUCGUCAAAGGAUGAUCCUCCAUGUAAUCUUGUGUUAAAAAACCUGUGCGAGUCAUUCCUGAAGAAGGGGGGAAAGGAGAGCCACUCAUCGGGACCUGAGGAGGUCUGCAGUUUACAUCAUGAAAAACUCAAUCUCUUCUGUCUGGAGGAGAAGCAGCCUGUGUGUUUAAUGUGCAGAGAUUCACAAAAACACCUCAAUCACACAUUCAGACCCAUCAGUGAAGUAGUUUCAGCUCAUACGGAAGAGCUGAAGUCCUUACAAGAAAAACUUAAACACAGAGAGAAAAUUAAAGAAGAGUGUGUGAAAAUAUCUCAACACAUUCAGUGUCAGGCGGAGCACACUGAACGUCAGAUUAAACUGGAGUUUGAGAAGCUUCAUCAGUUUCUCAGAGAUGAAGAAGAAAUUGCCAUCGCUGUGCUGAGGGAGGAAAAGGAGCAGAAGAAUCAGAUGAUGCAGGAAAAGUUUGAGGAGCUCAACAGACACAUCUCCGCUCUUUCACACACAAUCAGAGACCUGGAGAAGAUGAUGAAUGGCAAUGAAGUUUUGUUUCUAAAGAACUUUCCAGAUGCGAUGGAAAGAGUCCAGAGCUUACGGUCGGAUGCACAGCUGGCUUCUGGAGCUUUGAUUAAUGUGGCACGUUACCUGGGCAACCUGCCAUUCAGAACCUGGAAGAAGAUGCAAGAUGUUGUCCAAAACA